AUGCCCGACGAGUCCAGACACUUCCAAGCAGAUACGAUAUCUCGUGCACAGCGUACUGCAUUAUCUCAGAUUUCUGCUAUAUUGAUCCCGCGGUUUUAUAGCUCUAGUGGGAGCUACCCCACAAGCUCUAGCUACCCCACAAGCAACACGGUUAGGAUAUUUCCGUCAAUUGUAACGGCUUCCUCGUUGUAUAAAAGGUAUAUUCGCUGCCGGUACGGCACAUCUCUCUCCCUCUCUCUCUCUGCUUUCUUCUUUAUUCUCGAUUCUUCUCUCCGACCACAGCCUCAACAGCCGGAAAGUUUGUCUGUUCAAUCUCUGAUGGCAGCGAGCCCACCAGCAUCACCCCUUCUCACUCCACCACCGCCUCAGCAGUCACCAAGUUUGUCCGUCGGUGCUCCGAUGGCUGAUGGCCGACCAGCGCCGCCUCGGCAGCCUCCAUAUUUGUUUGUUGAGGAUCCGAUGGCAGCGAGUCCACUAGCACCACCACUGCAUCAGCGGCUGCUAAAUUUGUUUUUAGUAGCUCUGAUCGCACGUGGCCAACCACCGCUAUCUCCCCCCGUUCCACCACUGCCUCAGCAGUCUCCAAGUUUGCCAGUUGAACUACCUCUCCUCACCCCACCACAGCCUGAGGAGCCGCCAAGUUUGUAUGUUGAGGCUUCGACGGCAGGGAGCCCACCAGCACUGCCUCUCAAAACUCCACUGCCUGAGCAGCCACCAAGUUUGCCCGUUGAAGUACCUCUCCUCACCCCACCACAGCCUGAGGAGCCGCCAAGUUUGUAUGUUGAGGCUUCGACGGCAGGGAGCCCACCAGCACUGCCUCUCAAAACUCCACUGCCUGAGCAGCCACCAAAUUUGUCUGUCGAUGCUCCGAUGGCUGCUGCCCGACUAGCACCACCUCUCCUCACUCCACCACUGCCUGAGCAGCCACCAAGUUUGCCCGUUGAAGUACCUCUCCUCACCCCACCACAGCCUGAGGAGCCGCCAAGUUUGUAUGUUGAGGCUUCGACGGCAGGGAGCCCACCAGCACUGCCUCUCAAAACUCCACUGCCUGAGCAGCCACCAAAUUUGCCCGUUGAACUACCUCUCCUCACCCCACCACAGCCCGAGGAGCCGCCAAGUUUGUAUGUUGAGGCUUCGACGGCAGGGAGCCCACCAGCACUGCCUCUCAAAACUCCACUGCCUGAGCAGCCACCAAAUUUGUCUGUCGAUGCUCCGUUGGCUGCUGCCCGACUAGCACCACCUCUACCACCGCGAUCUCCCCCCGUUCCACCACUGCCUCAGCAGUCUCCAAGUUUGCCCGUUGAACUACCUCUCGUCACCCCACCGCAGCCUGAGGAGCCGCCAAGUUUGUAUGUUGAGGCUUCGACGGCAGGGAGCCCACCAGCACUACCUCUCCAAACUCCACUGCCUGAGCAGCCACCAAAUUUGUCUGUCGAUGCUCCGUUGGCUGCUGCCCGACUAGCACCACCUCUCCUCACUCCACCACUGCCUGAGCAGCCACCAAGUUUGUCCUUGGAAGCUCCGAUGCCCGCUGAAGAACCAACAGCACCUCGUCCUAGUCGUGGCAAUAGAUGGAUGAAACGGUGGAUGUGCCUGGUUCGUACGGAGAAUUGCUUCCACCACUGUUGGGACUACGUCAGUUGCUCCGAAUGCGAUACGGAGUGAGACUCAGAGCUUCCUGUGAAAGCAAAUUGGGAUUGCUUCAAUCUUUUAUCUGUUAUGUAAAUAGUGUCCUAUAUAUAGCUGAGUGACAUAAAUAGUUGUUAUAUAUGUUGUUUAUUGAAUGGAUUUCUCCAUGGAAUGAUACAUUAUAUAAUUCCAUUUGUAA